GCAGAGAUUACUGGAUUUGCGGAAGCCGUUGUCAAUUUUACGGACAACUUCGUAAGCCCUCAAGAGCAGGCAGAGAAACCUGAAUUUCCUUUUCGAACUGUAUCCACGCAGAAGUCAGAGCAUGUCUACAUACAAGUGGAAGAUUGCGAGUUUCUUAUUGGCCUUGCGCUUUCUAAGAAGAGAAACGAGCAAAAGUUCAAGGAACGCCUUGAGUAUUUUCUGGGUCGUUACCUUCCUCUGCUAAAACUACACAGGAUGCCAUUGUUGGAUUAUUUGAAUGGAGCAGCAUUUCUGAAAAUUAAUGGGCCCACAUACUUAAACGUGGUAUCAAUGUCAUCCGAACUGAUGGAAGAGUUUCCAGUGAUACAGAAGAUUCUCAUCUUGUAUCAG